AUGUUUUUAAAAGAACCAAACAAACCAAUUUCAUCUCGAAAAUUAUUAGUUCAAGGAGAAACAAUUGUAAUUUUAAUACAUUUUGUGGUGUCACCUAAAAGUAGUUCGUAUCAAUGGUUUUGCCAAACUAAUCCAGUUGUUGAUUUAGUUAAAUCAUCUAAAAUACCUCAUUCUACAUCUCUUAAUGAAGAAAAAGUAAGAAAUUUAACUAUCGAAAAUACUGUCAGUAUCUUACCUAGCGAUCGUUCUAUGCCUCUUAACUCAACUUGGCAACCUUUUAUUGAUUCGUUAUUAUCCCCAAGUAAAAAUCAGAAAAAUGAGCCAGUUUUCUUUUUAUUGCCAGACCAGUCAAUUUGUUAUUUAUUACUACAAAAAAUAGGAGUUGUUGAACAUCUUUUAAAUGCACAACUUUGUUUAAGGGUAACUAUCCCACCACCAUCAGUAGAUUCAAAGUAUGAAUAUUAUCAAGACACUUUAUUUACUGUAAACCAAAUCAAAGGUACACCAAUUGAAUUUUAUACUGAUAUAACUGUAAUCGAUCCAAUCAAAAUACGGUCAGUCACAACACAGAGUUCAUCAGGGUCGUUUCUUGUUAUUACAUUAGAAAACACAUCAGAAAAUGAAAUAGUAAUAUCUAAUCUUAUCACAACAUGUCAGUACGCGUUAGACAAACCUUUCUUACCUUUACCAUGUACUUUAAAAGCUAAGGAUAAAUAUACAUUUGCUGUUCCAGUAAAAGUACCUAUUUCUUUUACAAAAGAGAUUAACAAAAAAUCAAAUCAUGUACCGAGAAAACCAUUGCCAUCUCCUAAAGUUUCUGUACCAACACGUUCCCUUUCUUCAUCACCCGAAGUAUCUGAUAGAAUGUCAUUUGAUUUAAGAAGAUUAUCAACUAACGCUAAAGCAUUACCUAAAAUAUCAACUCGUUUUGAUAAAAGUCAACGACUUUCAACAAGUUCACUUGAACAAACAUUACUUGACAGUGAUACAUCAUCAUCUAAAAAGUCAUCUAUUUUAUGUCCAAAAGCAGGAAAUAUUGAACCUAUUUCUCCAUCAAAAAGAAGAAACAGCCUAACAUCUUUUAAUGAAUCAAGAAUAAGUGUUGGACUAACUAUUACAUACAGUAUGGAAGGGAUGCUUGGAAAUUUAUUUGUUGCACGAGAGCUAAAAGCUGAUGCACUAAAAUAUCAGCCAAUAACAAUGAGAAUAUCAUUUCCUCAAAGAAUAAAAUGUCAUAGAGUAUUUAGAGUUGUAUUUGAAUUAAUUUAUCAAUGUAAUUCAGAGAAACAUUUAACUUUGUCUAUUACAAGCGUUGAUAAUAUUCAAUCUCCUGUUUAUUGCUUACAUCCAACAAUUGAUAUUGGAGUAUUUUCACAUCCAUGCACAUCUUCUAUUUCUGUCGAAUUUCUAUCAAAUAAGUCUGGACUUUUUACAUUUGGUCCAAUUCAAUUAAAAGAUGUUAUUUCAGGCGAAAUAUUUAAAAUGGAUGAUAGUUGUAAAAUUUUAAUUGAACCGUAA